UGUCACUUCACACUUCACAAGAUGAAGACAAUUGAUAAAGAUUUUGUGAAAUUCUUUGAUGAAAAUGGGUAUCAAAGUGGAAUCGAUGUCUUGAAUUCCGAAGAAACUCAAGAUCUCAAGAAGAAUUUUAAUGCUUUUGAAGAGAAAAUAGGCAAAGGAAAUACCCAGUACUCUCUACACAACAUCCAUGUGGAAUACCCAUGGGUGCUGAAGGUCGCCACCCAUCCCAAGAUGCUGGCGCCCCUGCAGGCGAUUCUGGGACAGAACCUAAUUCUGCUAGACUCUCGUUUCAUCUGCAAGUAUACGAAUGACGAGGUUCCCGUAGAGGAAGGGGUCGAACCGUUCGUGGCGUGGCAUCAGGAUAUAAGGUACUGGGGAGUUGAUGGUGACGUUGUUAGUGUGUGGCUGGCCGUUGACGACGCUGACCUGGAAAACGGAUGCAUGCUGGUUAUUCCCGCAACCCAUAAAAGUGGAAUCUUGACACAUAACCAAGCCAAGAUAAAGGGUAACUUGCUGUCCACAAACCAGGAGAUCCCACCCGACCUGUAUGACAAGAGCAAGGCGAUACCAUGUCCGCUGAAAGCAGGUCAAAUGUCGCUUCACCACGGGCAUAUCGUGCACGGAAGUGAACCCAACAGGUCCAAUCGGCGCAGAUGCGGAUUCGUCAUUCGCUACAUAGCAACCACGGCUUAUCCUAUCAAAGACGAGAACCGACCAAGAAAGUUUCCAACGACGGUAUUGGUUUCUGGGAAGGAUGAGCACAAGAAUUUUGAAGAUCACUCGCCUGAAUGGUUUGACUGGCGUAAAUAAACGUGUAUCACGUGGUACUGCACACGUGAUAUGUGCAAUACGGUGCUGUGCAUAUCUUUAACAACAAACUGUUAAGAACUUGUUUCAUUUCAUUUAGGGCGCUUCAACAAAUAAUCACGUGGGACAGUCAAGCUCAAUAUUGACCCAGAUUUAGACAUUUGUUAAUUUUCAUGUUAUUUAUUGAAAUAAAAGUAUAUAUUUGCAUGUAUAUUCAAAUCAUA